GUGACUAACGAAGGUGGGCUCAGGAUGUACCCCCCAACCACAGUGUACAAGGCUUUUGGAACUGACCAAUGAAGGCCUGGUGAUGGCUGGGACCUAUUUCCGGUCAAGUGAAUUGUCACAUUUAAAAGCUGCGUUUCCCUGCAAUCUGCGUGCCUCAGAGCUAGAAUCUCUAUCAUUUUGAAAGCAUCCACAAUGUGUGAACCGACAAAGGGGAAAAAAUCUCGACUCAACUGGUCCGAGUUCAAAGAAACAAUACGGACUUUGUACAUUGAUGAGAAUUUGCCGCUCCGAGGGCCUGGAGGCGUCAUAGAAGUCAUGAAAAAUGGCUACAACUUUUCCGCCUCAAACUCGCAAUACCAGAAACAUCUGAGAGACUGGGGAUUUCGUAAAUACCAGAAAGGAGAAGACUUGAAGAAACUUGCUCGCAAGUGUCUUAAACGACAAAGAGAAGGCAAACCUGAUCCUAUCAUUUUAAUGAACGGGAAAUUGGUGCCUAAGGAGAAGAUGCGACGAAUACUUUCAGUCUAUGGAUUUACGACAACGUUGGAGUCCUUCGGUCAAGAAUCCAACCCCCCAACACCCAGCGGGUUUGAAAUUUUAUCACCUCAAUCGGAACCCGGGUUUUUGGUCAAUCUUCCAUAUUUGUCCAUUUUACAAUUUCAGGAUCAGCUGGAUAUGAUAAUCAAACCUGCGAUGAUUUCCGAAAGAACCUUGGAAAAUUUGUCUUUCUUCAUCAAGCAAGGAUAUUACAGUUUAGCUAAUACUACUACAACGACUAUCAUUGAUUCCCUUGUACCAAAUGAAAUCCUGACUCGCUACGUCCUUGAGUCAGGAUACGACCUUUCAAAUGCUAUCGCUAAUGGUAUUUCUGGUAUCAAACAACUUUCCUGGGCAGGUCCUACUAUAGACUCAUUUGUUGAGAAGCUUUUCCCGCUUGCUAUAAAAUCUUGCGAUCUCCUUGUUGUUAAGCGAUUGUUACAGCUUUACGGCUAUCCUCACGAUGUCUACUUCAAAUACGGCGCCUACGGGCGAUCCAUGCUGUUCACGCCUUUGCAACUUUCCUGCUUAUAUCGGGAUAGGGAGUUAACCCAGAUUUUAAUCAAAGCUGGUGCAAAUACCACUCUUGAGAAUGGACUAUUGGUGUUGGCCAUAUUGGGAGAAGAUGGCUUUGAUGAGUAUUUGUGGAGAGAAAAGUAUCGCCAUGUCGAUAUCGAUUUCAUUAGAAUCCUAGUGCAAGCUGGUGCAGACGUUAACUCCGCGUUUGGGUCCCAAUUUCAACGUGGUAGAGAGUAUACGGCCACUGCUGUUCUCAUGGGUCACAACUCUCCUCUUACAGCAGCAUCCUUACUUCAUCAUAUUGAUUUGGUGGAUUAUUUAGUCUCCCAGCACGCUGAUGUUCACUUUCGACCAAAUUGUACCUCCUCAGCCCUUUCAAAUUGUAUCCGCAUUGACUACCAUGCGUUUGAUAAGCUGAAAUUCGCGAAUGAACCUUUAGUAGAGUUUGAGGAUGAGGCGUUGGAAAUAUCACGCAUCCUUAUAGCCGCGGAUGCUGACCCUAAUGCUUCUAUUCAUUACCGUGGUCGGUCUUGUACGGUACUUGAGAUAGCGAUGAGAAAAGAAUUGUUGCGGCUGGCAAGUUUUCUGAUAUCUGCAGGAGCUAAAGGGACCGAAUCCUCAUUGAGAAAAUCCAAAAAAAGGGUGCCGUUGCCAAAAGAUGUCAUCCAGAGUUUUAUAAAAAAUGUCUCUGACAACAGUUUCGAUGAAGUAGCUGCUCUUCUCCAACCAUCUACCGAUUUGGCUUCAGCCGAAGAAUUGCCUUGGGGGGCUACUUAUCGGGGGAACAUAACUUUGCCCGACUAUCCCAUAGACCGGAAUGUGCCUGUCAAGGGUUGUAAUGCGCUAAUGAAGGCAAUUGAGACGUGUGCACACGACGGCCAUUUUGAAAUUCUGUCUCGCCUUUUUGACGUUGAUUUCAGCUACAGAACAGUUGUGAUUCAAAAUCUUGGCUCCGCAUUAUACUAUGCUGUAUCCAGAGAACAAGUGGAUAUAGUUGAUAUGCUGUUGUUCGUGGGAACAGAUCUGGAAGUAAAAACGGAGCUUGGCCAGACUGCACUCAUUGCAGCAAUCAAUGCAAAGAACACAACGCUGUUUCAGAAACUAAUGGAUGCGGGAGCCGCAGUUGAUUUGGACUUUCAUUGCAACAAUGACCACGCCUCACCUAGUUCUAUUUUAGUGGCAGCAGUAGAAUGGGGAGAAUAUACCGUUAUAAGUACACUUAUUGAAGCAGGCGCGGAUGUCAACGCCUUGGGUAGCAAACGUUUCUAUUCUGGCAAAGAUUUAUCUUAUGACAAAUGCUGUGAUUGUACAACUCCACUUGGCGCUGCACUCCAGAGGAAAGAUUCAAUAAUGGUCAAAUAUCUUGUAGAAGCCGGUGCUUCUGUCAACAAUCCUCCAGACUGUUUUGGUGUGUCGUCCCCACUUUCAGAGGCCAUUGAAUGGGGAGAUAUUGAUAUCGUUCGAUACCUUCUUAAUCAAGGCUCCGAUACCAGUGAUCAUGAUGCCCUUCAGAAAGCAAUUCGAGUGAAAAACACUGAACCGAUCGAACUCCUCCUUAAAGCAGGCGCAGAUCCAAACACUACUGUUCGGCUCCGCGAAUACUGCUCAUAUCAAUAUCGAUGUGAAAAGAGAACUCUACUUUUGCUGGCGAUAUGCAAGAAUCCUCCAGCUGUAAAGAUCUUUUUGGAAGCGGGGGCCGAAAUAAAUACACUCGGGCCUGGAAUAAAAUAUGCCCCUUUGCAACUGGCCGCUCAAUGUGGAGGUUUAGACACCGUGCAGACCCUGCUGGACUAUGGCGCUGAUCCGAACUCCACUGCAUCGCGAGGAGCUAAAUCCACCGCCCUCCAGAUAGCAUCAAGAAAGGGAAACAUUCAAAUCGUACGGCUCCUCCUUGAGCGUGGGGCAGAUGUUAACGCAGCGCCAGCGUUAAGAUACGGGGCGACGGCACUUCAGUUUGCCAGUAUCAUGGGCUUUCUUGGAAUUGCACAAAUUCUUAUCAAAAAAGGUGCGGACGUCAAUGCCCUACCAGCACCAUUUGAGGGCAGAACCGCGCUUGAAGGAGCGGCUGAACACGGUCGUCUGGAUAUACUCCAGUUGCUUUUUAAUGCUGGUGCGCAGACAACCACCAUCUUCGAAGUUUAUUAUGAGAGAGCGCUUCAAAGAGCGACUAAGAAUGGACACAACGUGGUGAAACGACUUCUUGAGUCGUAUCACCAAUCUAACUUACAAACAACUGAGGACGUCUCUAACUCAGAAUUGAUGGAUGUUGCAGAUAUGUUGGCGCUAAAUGGAUGGAACAGAUCAUGAAGGAGCUCGAAAGCGUGAUGACUGCUAGAUGCGUUGACCUUCUCCAUCCACUCCAUCUAAACUAUCU